AUGGAUUUAGCAUUUUAUAAUAAUGAUAAAUAUAAACUUAAUUACGAAAAUGAAGUUACCAACAAAAUUGUACGGAAAAUAUUAAGCAGUUUUGAGGAAAACAAACAGGGUCAAUCAACUAACACGUACAAUUAUAGCAGAAAAAAAAUUGUGGACUAUUUCUUCGAAGCAGAGUCCCUAUUUACACAGUACGACAUUGCCAAGUCAGGCGAAAUCGACAUAAAACUAUUUCCCAAAAUGGCUAGACAGCUGAAGCAAAUUUAUGACGCGCGUGAUGUGCAGAAAUUCGAAAAAGAAAUGAAUAUUAAGAAAUUGUACAAAAUGAAUUUAGCCAUGUUCUUGACCUUACUGAAGCGCAAACUAUUCCAGGCCAUCGACGAUGAUCAAACAUUUGAUAAACAUUUUAACGUUUUGGAUGUGCAUAAAAAAAAUGCACUUGACCUUAAUGUAUUAAAAACAUAUUUGGGGUUGGUUGGCGAUAAGGUUAGUCCCGAAGAUUUUGAUUUUUUUAUAAAAUUCAACAAAGACGGAAGUGUUAUGAGUGCCAAAUCGGAGGGAGGCAGCACUUCAUUUGAUGAAAACUUGGACCCAACACUUGAAAUCAAUGCAGAUCAGUAUAGAGACAUGCUCACGUGCUAUCGCUACAUUUGA